AAUUAGGUGAGAAAAUGGCGAUAGGGUCGGAGAUAGAUAACGAGCGGAUUGAGUACCACAACAACACGGUACUGACUGUAGCUUGUUGCACCGAAGAUCAUACUGUUCUCUCAGGAGCGGAGGAUGGUUCUGUGGCCCUAUUUUCCAGUAAAGAUAACACUCUUCUUCAUCGCAUAACACCUGGUCCUGUUGACCCUGUAAACUGUGUUACGUUUAACCCGAGGGAAACUGCUAAAUUUUACUGUGCUCUUGGUGAGAAGAUCUUUGUUUACGAUAAAAGACAACUGAACGAUGUGUGUGACACAUAUGCGUAUCACGAGGAAGAGAUUAACCAAGUAGCUGUAGAUGAAAAAGGGCAGUACAUGGUAUCUUGUGACGAUGACGGUACAGUGAUAUGUUUAGACCUCACUAAGUCAGGAGGGAAGAGUGUCAGUAAACACACCUUACACGACAAUAUAUGUGCUUCUGUGCAAUGGUGUUUAGUAAACACACUUUACACGACAAUAUAUGUGCUUCUGUGCAAUGGGUAUGUAGUGUUUAGUAAACACACUUUACACGACAAUAUAUGUGCUUCUGUGCAAUGGGUAUGUAGUGUCAGUAAACACACGCUACACGACAAUAUAUGUGCUUCUGUGCAAUGGGUACCAGGCAGGAGCUCGGAGAUAGUGUCAGGUGGUAUGGACUGUAAAAUACACCACAGAGACGUGUACAAGAGCCGUCCCUUGAAGACCCUGACAGAGAAGACAGAGCAGCAGGGGAUACACAUUAUAAACCCACCUUUUGUCAACUGCGUUUCUACUUAUUGGGGCUCCAGGUAUAUGGUAGCGGGGUACGGUAGCGGAACUGUUAAAGUCUGGCGACUAGGAUCCAAGAAAGUCGGCUACGUUCCUUUCAAAUCUUUACCACGUCACAACGCCGGCGCAGGUUGUGUGUGUCUGGUAGACGGUACGACUGUCGUCUCCGGUGGUAACGAUGGUUUUAUUCACAUCUCUGAACUUGAGAGAGGGCACACUAACGGACACACUAACGGACACUGUAACGGGCAUUCUGACAACAUAGCGAGUGACGAUGACGCUGAUAUAGACGACACCUGCACCUUCAAACUCCUUCACGGACACAAGAUUAACUGGUUAUCCGGCUUCAGGGACACUUCGUGUAUCAUCCUGUACGCGUGUGAUGAAAGUAACGUGGUUACUAAGUACUCUAUUAGGUGACCUGGUCACGUGGGAUGAAAGUAACUAGGGAGUUUAGUAACCAGGGAGUUUAGUAACCAAG